AUGGCGGGCGCGGGGCGGCUGGACGAGCUGGAGCUGAGCGCCGAGGAGGCGGAGCGGCUCCAACAGGCCUUCCGCGACGAGCAGUUCCGGGCUCUGUUCGCCGAGUACGCGGCGGAGCUGGCCGACCCGGAGCAACGUCGGCUGUACGAGGAGGAGGUGACGGCCCUGGAGCGGGAACGCGGCGUGGAGGUGCGCUUCGUCCACCCCGCGGCGGGCUACGUGCUGCGCACCAGCCAGGCCGGCUCCCGCCGUUGCUACCUCAACGUCUGCAGCAACCCACACGUCGGGGUGCCGCAGGUCCACGCCGAGCCCGGUGGCCACCGCUGGGCCCUGCCCUACAGCCUGGCGCCGGGCCGUGAGGAGCUGGGCCGCGGGGGCCAACGCCGCCUGGUCUACGACGUGGUUUUCCACCCGGCGGCUCUCCGCCUGGCCGCCCGCAGCGCCCGCUUCCGCCGCCUGCUCAACGACACGGCGCUGGAGGCCGUGGAGCGCCACUGCGCUGUGCAGCUCGACCGCACCAACGCCGCCGUCCUCCGCGGCACCAAGUACAAGGGCGUCCCGCAGGCGCCCGUCAUCCGCACCCCGCUGCCCGGCGGCGCCCCGCCGCCGGCGGCCGACGGCGGCUCCCCGCUGCCGCCCUUCCCCUUCCCGCCCGCCGCCGCCGCCGCCCCGCCGCCGCCCGCCGCCCCUCCGGCGGCCCGGCCCCCCGGCCCCACCACGCCGCGCUGGAGCAUCCGUCACCGCUCCUACGUGGACCUGCAAGACUACCGGUGCUGCCGCGACUCGGCGCCCAGCCCGGUGCCGCGGGAGCUGGUGGUGACGGUAGAGCUGCCGCUACUGCGCUCUGCCGCCCAGGCCGCGCUGGAGAUCCGCGGCCGGGAGCUGCGCCUCGACUCGCAGCGUCCCGCCUACCGCCUGCGCCUCCGCCUCCCCUACGACGUGGACGAGAACCGCGGGCGGGCCGCUUUCAACAAGGCCCAGCGGCAGCUCCUGGUCACGCUGCCCGUGGUGCCGCGGCCCGGCCCGCAGGAACCGCUAGGCCCUGCCGGGGAACGGCUGGAGGAGGCCGAGCCCGCUGCCGAGGGGCUGGGCGAGCCGCCGGCGGCUGAGGCGGGCGGUGAGGCGGCUCCUCCCCCGGGCCCCGGCGGCGGCGUGGCCCGGAACACGUGCGGCGGCGGGGAGCCCGCCGAGAGCCCCGCCGAGCCCCCCGCGGGCGGUGACCCGCCACCGCCCCGCACCGGCGCCGCUUCCCCCGUUCCCAGCGCCAGCCCCGAGCCGGCGGCGCCCUGCGGCCUCGGCGGGGACGCCCCUCCGUGCCCUCCCGAGAGCCCGGCCCACCCGGCCGCAGAGGGCAGCCCGGGCGAAAUGGCUCUUCCCCGGGGCUCCGACAGCCCCGAGGCCGCCGUGUGCCCUCCCUUCCAGUGCCGGCAGGAUGAGGCCUCCCUCACCCUGCUCCUGCAUGUGCCUGGCAUCCGGCCCCAGAGCCUCAGCGGGGACGUGGGCACGAACCACUACAGCCUCCGCUUCUCCAGUGACACUGGCGCCUAUGCCCUCUUCUUACAGUUUCCUCCUGCAAACAGGCUGGCGUCCCCCGAGACCAGCGUUAGCGUGUCUGCCCACAACGCUGCCAUCGGGCUUGCCAAGGCCCCUGGCAGCACCGGGCCCUGGGAGAAGUUCUGCUUCGGCCUUGACGCCUCUGCUCUGCAGGAAAGAUUGUUUGUCAGUGAAGAAAAUGUUGAUGGAUUUCUAGGCACUGUUUUAUGCCCUUCCUUUUGCUCCCAAUCAGCACUGGAAAGUCAGCCAUUAAUUGAAGUGCUUGAUGUUACUGAGGACAGAAUUCAAAUCAGGUUGAAGCCGCAGGAAGGAGUCCAUUCUGAACCUGAUGGAAAAGAAGAAACGCUUAGCAGCUCAGGAGGAGAUCUCGCUGAAAAGACAAAUGGCGACUCCCCCCAAACAAAGGCAGAAACAAACUGUCCUGCAGCUGAGAGGGUCGAAGGAGAAUGUGCUACAGAAACCAACAAAACUUCCACGUCUUUUGCAACAGCUGAAACAAUAGGAAAAGUAGGUUGUAGUUCACACCAUUGUUUGCAGCAUGAACCUUCUGACACCAGUUCAGCGAUUCCUGGCGAAUCUAGGAGAAAGGAACCAGAUUUAGAAAGGGAUGAAGCGGCUGCGCCCGUGGGGUCGGCACAGGGCAACCGGCGCAGCUCGGACAGCAGACCAGCCUCCCCGCUCCUGCGAGAAGUGAACGCGCAGGAUGGGAGCCUGCAGAUUGUUAGGGAUCACGUAACGCACUGCCCGGUCGUGUUUCAGAAUUCUUUGCUGUAUGAAUUGGACUAGUUUAAUUAUUUUAGGAUUUCCUUCUGUUCUUUGAUGUUUACUGCGACUUCCACAUGCUGGUUUAUGACUUCAGGGCUAAGAGUAGAACACAGGUUCCUACUGAAACUGUUUUGUUUACAUGUCAACAUAGAAUACUUACGUUGUUAAUAAUAUUUGAAGUUAAUAGGUCUGAGUUUUCUAAUCACAUGUAUGGGCUGAAAUAGUUUGACUUACAAGAAGGAUGCAGUUGAAGGUGAAUCUGAGCUCGUGGAAGAAAAUGCACCUUUAUUGUUUACAUAACUUUCUUAGUCUCUUGCUACAUUACAGAGAGUAUUUGUCUAUAUCCUUCUUCUAAUGGCUCCCUCGGGAAUUGCUGUGUUUAGGCCACCUAGAAAUGAGCGGUAUUCAUCAUUUUUCAAACCUUUCAUUUUGUGCUAACUAACUGCAGGAUUAGACUUGCAGUGACUUUUAGCAAUCAAAUGAAAUUUCUAAUUACACGGAGAAGUUCUAAUUAGUCUCCUAGAAAUAAUCCACAUUUAUACCAUGUAUUCCAUCCUAGUACAUUACUUCAGAUCCGCAGCAGCCAGACAUACCCCAGUCUGUCAACCGAACAAAUUCAAUUGCACAAUAAAAACAUCCUCUCUUGUUGCACGUCUGCUACUAAGUAUUUACAAUUUGUGAAAUGGAUUCACUUUAUCCAGAUUAGAUUUACUUUUCAAAAACAGUUCCCCACGGGCUUCAGCAGGCUGUUUGCUGGUUCAUCUCUCUGAAGUGCGAUAACCAGAAGAACAUAUCUAAUAAUAAACUUUCAGUUCCCUUUC